CGGGUGCUGUCCAAUAUGUCAGAUUCAAUGAAUCUCCCAGUAUUUGAUACCCCAGGGCUCACCCACGUCCAGAGAGAGAGAUCCAAGCGGCAUUCUACAGGACUCCUGGGAGCGUAGGACGAACAGCAUCUUGACAUUUCCGAUCCCAGACUCCACCAUUCACCAUGCCACGUGCCUCAGUGAUCUGUAUAUCACAUGGAGGAGGCCCCCUUCCUGUCAUCGGCGGACCGGGCCAUGAAGACAUCGUUCAUUCCCUAAAAACCCGAGUCCCCAAGAUCCUCAAGCUUGGUACCCCCGAGGCACCGCGCGCCAUCAUUUGCGUGACGGCCCAUUGGUCCGAGAAUCAACCUACCAUCUCCUCCGCUGAUUAUCAUGACCUCUACUAUGACUACGGCGGCCUCCCAAAUGAAGCCUACAGACUGAAGUAUAAUGCUCCGGGAUCGUCUGCAAUCGCACAUGAUGUCAAGAAGGUUCUUAUGGAAGAAGGACUGGCGCCUGUUCUCGAUAGAAGCCGAGGUUGGGAUCAUGGUGUCUUCAUCCCCUUCAUGCUUAUCAAUCCCGCUGCGGACAUCCCUAUCAUUCAGCUGUCCAUCCUUGCGUCCGAAGACGCUACAGAACAUCUCCGUCUGGGCCGCGCCCUUUCGAAGCUUCGCGAUUCCAACAUUGCAAUACUAGGCUCUGGCUUCGCAUCUAUCCACAACAAUAUAGUUGUGGUUCCGUUAAUGGUGCGCGAUCGUAGGGCACCUGUGAACCUGGUCAAGAGCGUCCGCGAAUGGAAUGUGGAGCUGACAGCUGCGGUGACGAAGGAGAAGAGGCAAGACAGGGCAAAAGCACUGGAGGGGUGGAGAAGCUUCAUUCACAGUUAUGAUAUGCAUCCACCUAGCGGUGCUGAUCACUUCAUGCCUUUGCUGGUUUGUGCGGGUGCGGCGGAUGACGAGGUAGCUGGGAUGUAUAAGGAUGAUUUUCUCGGAUUGGACAUUUGGACAUAUUAUUGGGGUGAUGUCCGUAUAUAAAGAGAAGUUAGGAUAUACUUAUUUCGCCAGGAGGGAAAUCCCUAUAAGUAUUGCUAUUGGGGCUGUAUUAUUAUAUAACUGUAUAAUUUUCUAACUGCACUUAGCUAAUACUCCCCACUAUUCCAAAUUUA